UGCGAAUUUAUACCUAAAUUUUGAAAGGCUCACGUCUUGAGCUCUUUUUUUCCCGAAAUUUCUCUUUUAAAAGUUUUGCAAUUCUGCUCUAAACAGAACAAUUCCCGCACCGCAUCGCAUUUGCAUCUCUUGUUGUGGACUCGAAACCCUCUGGUGACCCGUCAGUUUCUCUCUGGUUCCGAACACAAGGUAUUAAUGAAGAUCACUAACUUUUUGGAAGGGGAUUCUGCUAUAUGUGAGUCUUGAGUGUGGCAUAAUGAAUAAAAGUGCCCCUACUGCACUCAGAAGAAGUAAUCGACUUGCCAAAAGGGAUCAUUUAGCUUUAAGAAAAGAGCAGAAACGAAAAGAUAGGCAUGUAGCUGUAAGAGAAGAACGAAAAGAGAGAGAUAUUUCGUUAACAACCAAGGAAGAUAGUGUUAAGACGGGCAAGUGUGUUCUUAAAUCAUGGCGCCAUCCGAUGGAGGGGGAUGAGUUUGCGAUGUCGUAUACUCCCAAACCAGGCCUGACUUUUGUUCAUCAGGACCUGGAAAAGGGAUACACUGUCCGCGAUGAGGCCUUAAAGCAACUCUUCCGAUUUGGUUUACCUUCUCACCAUCUAUCUUCUGGUGCUCACUCGUGUGUUCGAAUUGCUUCAGCUAAUGGUUUGAUUUUGGUGUGGGAUCCAUUCUCUAACAUUCUAUUUAUAUGCAAUCCAAUGACUCGUGAGUAUGUCGAGCUCCCUCCUCUAUCUAAAGACCCAAUUACUUGCUUUUUUGGAUUUGGAGUGAGCAGAACAAGUGGCCAGUAUAAGAUUUUAUGUGUUGAUGUCCGUAGUUGUUAUGUAUACACUCUAGGAAGAGGUGCAGGGCUGUGGAGAAGCAUCGCACCAGCACCAUCACUAGGCAUUGGUUCACUGUAUCUUGGUUAUGCUACAUUUUUUAAUGGAAAUCUUCACCGGUUGGCAUCGGAUUCGGAAGAAAAUUACUCUGUUUGUUGCUUUGAUUUGGAAACUGAGCUCUUUACUAGAAUUUCAUAUCCUUGUGAUUAUAUUGCCAAUAGAUAUGGCAACAGGUGUGUGUAUAUUUUGGAUGGUCGACUAUGUUUAUACAAUAUUUUAGAUUGGUGUCAUGUCAUUGUUUGGAAGAUGAACAACUAUGGGAUGAUAAUUUUUGGAUAGAGGAAUAUAGCUUUGACUUACCCAUAAAA